GGCGGAUCCCGUGUCGCCGCCGCCACCCUCCACUGGAUCUAUUGUCAGGGAAGGAGGAAAUUGCCAUCCGCCGGCAGCGGCGGCACAUCUGGGCGGGCACAUCUGGGCAUGCAACAUCGGCUGCCGGCGCCCGCCUGCUCCGUCCUCCUGCCGGCCGCGCGGAUCGCUGCGGGGCGCGGAGAGGCUGCCGCUCGCCCGCCGCCGGAUCCAUCUUCGGGACCGAACGUAGAACCGGGGGGCGGGGGGGGGUUGGGGAUAAAGGCUGCUUUUUUCUUCUUCCCCUGGGAUCUAUUCCAUGGGGAUGUGUUCAAGACAAGAGAGGAUUCAGAAGGAUAUUGACGUUGUGAUCCAAAAGUGCAAGGCGGAGAAGGACUGCCUGUUUGCAGAUUUCAGGUACUCAGACUCCACCUUUACCUUCACCUACAUUGGAGGCUCCAAAAGUGUAUCCUAUUCAGUGCAUGUCUCUGAGGACUACCCAGAUAACACUUACGUUUCCAGUUCUGAUAAUGAUGAAGAUGUAUUAGUUACAACAGAACCAAUUCCAGUAAUUUUCCACCAAAUUGCUACAGAAUUAAGAAAAACCAGUGAUGUCAACUAUUGCUUAUCCAUUAAAGCAAAAUUACAGAGGGAGAAUGGAGAGGAGUCACAGCACAACAGCACACUUGAAGAAGACUCUGAAGGAGAUAAUGAUUCUGAGGAAUUUUAUUACGGAGGACAGGUUAGCUAUGAUGGAGAACUUCAUAAACACCCACAGCUGGAAGCUGAUUUGAUAGCAGUGAGAGAGAUCUAUGGACCUAAUGCAGUAUCUCUCAGGGAAUAUGGAGCCAUUGAUGAUGUAGAUAUUGAUCUGCAUAUUGAUGUUAGCUUUCUUGAUGAAGAGAUUGCUGUUGCUUGGGAUGUAAUUCGCACAGAACCCAUAGUGGUGCGAUUGCACUGUUCACUUACACAGUACUUAAGUGGUCCAGUGCCAACUGUGGAUGUAUUUCAGAUCUCUACUAAGGAAAGAUUUGGUCUGGGACAUCAGCUGAAAAAAAUCAUGCAGACAUUUGUAACACAGCAGUGGAAGAAUAGCAAAGAGAAAUCUAAUUGUACGCACAAUAAGAAGGUGUCUGACAAAAAGGUGAAAUCCCCUCUGCACAUCUUUUCUACAUUGCGCAGGUCGCCAAGUUAUCCUCCACCUGGCUGUGGUAAAAAUAAAUCAAAACUGAAGUCAGAACAAGAUGGCAUCUCCAAAACUCACAAGCUACUGAGAAGGACUUGCUCCAGCACAGUUAAGGCAGAGUAUAUGUGUGCCACAAAAUCUCACAGAACCUUUGGCCGCUCAUUGUCUAGUGACCCCAGAGCUGAACAGACAAUGGCUGUUAAAUCGCACAAACUCUUGAACCGUUCUUGCUCUGCAGCCGUCAAGCAGGAGGAGUGCAUUACUUUAAAGCCCCAUAAGUUAUUGAGUAGGUCAUGUUCUGGGGAUCCUCGAUGUGAGCACAACAGCACCUUGAAGUCCCACAAACUUUUAAGCAGGUCUUACUCUAGUAAUCUUAGAAUGGAAGAAUUGGAUGGAUUGAAGAAUCACAAAUUACUCAGCAAGACCUACUCCAAUGCCCCUAAAUCAUCCAAAAUGGAGCCUUUCAAGGAGUCCAACAUAGCAGAGGGCAGGCGGCUCUCUCUUACCUCAGGGCUUAUUGGUAUCUUAACACCAUCUUCAUCAUCACCUUCACAAGCUGCUCAAAACUAUGGUGCAAAAUGCAUUCCAGUACGAGACCGUGGCUUUCUUGUGCAGACUAUUGAAUUUGCUGAGCAGCGGAUACCAGUAUUGAAUGAAUACUGUGUAGUUUGUGAUGAACCCCACGUGUUCCAGAAUGGCCCUAUGCUGAGGCCCACAGUUUGUGAACGGGAGCUCUGUGUAUUUGCUUUCCAAACACUGGGAGUAAUGAAUGAAGCUGCUGAUGAAAUUGCUACUGGGGCUCAGGUAGUUGAUCUACUGGUAUCAAUGUGUCGGUCUGCAUUAGAGUCACCUAGGAAAGUUGUUAUUUUUGAGCCAUAUCCUUCUGUAGUUGAUCCUAAUGAUCCUCAGAUGCUGGCCUUUAACCCCAGGAAAAAGAAUUAUGACCGAGUCAUGAAAGCGUUGGAUAGUAUAACUUCUAUUAGAGAGAUGACACAGGCACCUUACUUGGAAAUAAAGAAGCAGAUGGAUAAACAAGACCCACUUGCACAUCCUCUUCUACAAUGGGUUAUUUCUAGUAACAGAUCACAUAUUGUGAAGCUACCAGUGAAUAGGCAACUAAAGUUUAUGCACACUCCCCACCAGUUCCUGCUUCUCAGCAGUCCACCAGCCAAAGAAUCCAAUUUCCGAGCUGCUAAAAACCUUUAUGGAAGUACCUUUGCAUUUCAUGGUUCACACAUUGAAAAUUGGCAUUCCAUCCUGAGAAACGGCUUAGUUGUUGCUUCCAAUACGAGGCUGCAGCUCCAUGGUGCAAUGUUUGGAAGUGGAAUCUACCUUAGUCCAUUGUCAAGCAUAUCAUUUGGUUACUCAGGGAUGAACAAGAAGCAGCAGAAGGUGUCAGCUAAAGAUGAACCAGCUUCAAGCAGUAAGGGCAGCAACACAUCACAGUCACAGAAGAAAGGACAACAGUCACAAUUUUUGCAAAGCCGUAACUUAAAAUGCAUAGCCUUAUGUGAAGUGAUAACCUCAUCCGAUCUGCACAAACAUGGAGAGAUUUGGGUAGUUCCCAACACAGAUCAUGUGUGUACAAGGUUUUUCUUUGUUUACGAAGAUGGUCAAGUGGGUGAUACAAGUAUAAAUACACAAGAACCGAGCAUUCAUAAAGAGAUUCUUCGAGUCAUUGGCAAUCAAACUGCUACUGGUUAAAAGGACCACUCUUAUUUAAUUGGUGUGGUUUGGAAGCCUUCCUCAGUCUCAAAGCUGGAAUUUGGACUGAAGAAGAUGCAAAAAAACCCUAAUUUAUUAUUAUUAUUCUAAGAAAAUUAACCCUUUGAAUACUUACUGUUUUCUUACGCAGUGUUUCUUAUCAAAAUGCCUGAGAUGGUAUGAAUUAACAACUGUUGGGGUGCAAAGUCUAUUAACAUACUACAACUAACAAUGAUUAAGCAGGCAUUUGGGUUGCUCACAAUAAACAGACUUUAAAAAAAGGAGUUUUGUGCUGAUAUUUUUAUAUUAAAUUCUUCAGUUGGAGGCUUUAAAACUGUAAACUGGUAUUUUAAAUUUAGAAUGACUGAAUUAUGUGCAAGUGAGAAAAUUUUAUAGUGGAGCACUUGUAUUAUGCAGGAUACUUUGCCAUAAGUAAAAUAUUCUCACAUUUAAACACAAUAAAGAGUUUCCUGGAACAUGUCAAAUCAAAGAGAUUGGUUACCUGCAGCUACCUUAAAUUAAUUUGAUUUUACAAAGACACAGUCAGGAGUUAGAGUCCAAGGUUAAAACAGUGUAGUUUUGGUAUAAUGUGUGAAACAGAGAAAACUAAUGACAUGAUGAUGUAUGUUUAGUUUUCUUUAUCAUUGCUGAAAACACUGUCAUACCCACUAAGCAGCUCUGUUAAAAUUAUUAAUCAAACAAGCUUAGCAAACAAUUUGAAAGUCAGAAGCUGUUAACUUUCUUCUUAGAAAUUUGUUUUUUAUAUACUAGAUUUGUUAAGUUUUUUCAAAUCAGUAAUGUCCUUUACCUUUUCCAUCUUGACGUCUGUGAGAUUACUCUGUGGCUAAAUUUAGCCAGGUAGGUAAAAGUACCUGCUAAAUUAGAGCUUUAACAUGACUCAGUUGUUGUUUCUACAUCAGAGAACCAGAAGAUAAAAUAUACUGAUAUCGCUAAGUGAAAGUCUUUCUAUUAUUUUAUUUCUAAGAGAAAACAAACCAGUUCGUAUCUUUGGUGUUUGAACUAGCAGCUACUUUUCCCAAGUGUGCAUUAUGGCAACUUGGGACAGGGCCUGGUCUCCAAAGCAUAAAGCAUAUCCUGUGCCCUGGGCAGCUCUCACAGUAGCCAUCUUGCAGCAUCACACCUUAAAUAUGGAGAGCAAUUCAACUUGCCUAUCUGUGCCCUGGUCACGUCGAAAAGUAAAAAUAGACUAAAUCCUCUACUCACUUAAGUUAUCUUUGUUAAAUAGCAGUACAAAAGAGGAGCAGCUAAUGUUUUUCUUUUAAAUCAAAUUGCAUAAAGAGGAUUAUGUUCACAUUUACUCCUUAUUUUUUAUUUACCUCUCCCUUACUCCUUGCUGUAUGCUUUUACACACCUGGAGAUGUUGGGGGCUUUUUUUGUGUUCCAGACUUACUUGGUGUGAAUCUUGGUUUUUCUGAGUUCACGUCCAGACUUGUCAACCCAAUUCUGUUUUCAGAGCCCCAUUUUGCUGUUGAAUUUUUGCUAUUUAACAUUCACCCUCUUUGGCAGACCCCUCACUCAAAAACCAGUACCUUAAUUGUUAUCUUUUAUGUUGGGACACUGGUUAACUUCUUGAAACAAAAUUCCUGAAAUAUUCCAGUCUACAUAAGGACUGCAUUAAUUUGGGUAGCUGCACAAAAUCAGCAUAGUUCAAAAGUGGAGCUGAAAACCUGGAGUGCCAAUCCAUCGUAGUUUGUCCUACAGUAUGUCUAAAUCACCCUCAUUUUGCAGAACACAGAAGGAGGUUAAAAAGUCCUCGAAGAUGUCCUACAUUGACUUGUUUUUUUUUAUAGUUUGCCAUUAUGAGAGGUUCCUCAGAAAACUAGGGAUGAACAAAAUAAAGCUAUGUAUAAACUGGAGAAGCCAAAUAAGCAGGAACAUUUUCUUAGUUCCCUGAAGCUGCAGAAUUCACAAGUGAGCUCUUUUAGAGGCUGAGAGGUGUAGCUUUAGAACCAAGUGUAGCUACAGCUACAGUGAAUUAGGCUUGCUUUGCACAGUGAUGUCACGUUGCCUGCCAUUUUUUUGCUCUCAUAAGCACUGUCAUUGAAAAGGAGAGAAAAACAUAUAUCUGCCGAGUUUUAAGACUGCUCAAAAUAUUGUUGUAUAUGGAAGAGAGAAAGGGGAAGUGUGAAGGAAAGCAGAACUCAGAGGAAACCUUUCUGUUGUAGUGUGGCAACAGUACAUCAAGGAGUUUUGAGGGCAGUGGCUGAAGUCUGGGGACAACAAAAGAUGACCAAGAGAAAGACAUAAUAUGAUGAGCAUAGGCAUUACAAAUCACUAAAUGUACCACUAGCAGCUCACAUCCCCCCAUUUGUGUGGUGGGAAAAAGGGAUGGGGCUAACAGAACAUCUGUAUUGUGUGCCUGAGGGAACUCAGGAACCUCCAGGCCAUCUGGAAAGGUGGCGAGGGCACUGCAGUACUCCAAGGAAUCAUAUCCAGUACUGCAAGCAAAGCAAUGGAAUUAAUUAACAUUUCACUUGCUACACAGUAUCUCAGAUAAUUUUUUAAUUAGCCAAAAUGGGAAACCUUUUGGUGUUAUUUCAUCUGCAGGUGAAAAUAAGUCUUCAGAUUGUUCCCCUACAGAAGUGUUUGUUAUUAUUGAUGUGUUUUGGUUUUUUUUUUUAAAGGUUAAGGAAAAAAAGGGGGUUCUGUUUGGACUUACUGGUUAGUCAAAAAUAGAUAGCAAACUUCAAAAUUUAAACAAAUAAUAAUUGAAACAAAUACAAACCUUUCACAAAUAGCUUUUAAUCACAGACAAGAAAGAGCCCCAGACUUUAAUAGUCUUCUUGGUACAAGUCUCCAUGAAGUUGUAUCUAAGUAACUGUGAGUGUGCCCAGCGUGGAGCAACUGAUGGAGUUCUUGAGAUGGAACUUUCUGACUUAAUUCUACAUCCCACACCAAAUUACAAAUCCACAAAUCCGAGGGUUUGAUGGAGAAAUUAUGUUAAUACUUUAAUGUUGCACCCUAAUUAGAAAUUGACCUAUUUGUACUUCUGUAAGUAUUUUAAACACUGAGAAAGGAAUCAAAAAAGAUGCUUUUAAACCUUUCUUGAAAUUCAGUAUUUAGCAUUCAAGGGGUUAAGCAACUUGGGUUAUUUUCUUAUAUAAUAUAUGAUCAGCAUAACUAUUUUCAUCAGCAGUGCUAAACUGUUUUGAUCACCUAAGUAUUUGGCUCUGCAUUACUAAUCAUAUAAUAGCCAAUUUGUAUGAUAUUCUGCUUAAUGUUUUAGAGGAACUAGUUGAUCACACCAGAAUUGUUUAUGCUUGUGUUUUCUCUAAAGCCCUUGAAAAACUGUUACUGAUGCUGUAUAAUUUUAAUAUUAUAGCUGUUGGUACUAAAAAUGCAUCUAUUGAAUAAUGCUAAGAUUAUGCUUUUGUUAAUACAAACAGAAGACCACUUCCAAAUGAAGACUUUGGGCUCACAUCAAUUAUACUAUGGUAAUAAACAAUUUUCUACUUUGGAAAUAUUUAGCAUACUUUCAACACUGAUGAGUACAAAGUGAAAAAAAAAAUGCAUUAACCAAAAUGAAGAGAAUUGUGAUUUAAAAAGAAAAUGAAAAAUUAAACAAAUAUAGAAAGACUGUACAGUGACUUUGGCAUUAUAUUAACUAAAAUGGAUUUCUUCUUGGUUGUAGAAGAUAAAAGUCAAAUAAAAAGAGUACUUGUUAUUACUGAUAGGGUCAGUCAGAGCAAAAGCACUCUGUAAUCUUAGCAUUUUCAAAGCAUGCAGGUUUGGGGUCUGACCCUGCAUUGUGCUAAACACCCACUGCAGGUGCUGGGGGUUAGGCCCUUGAACAAAUGUAGGUAUUUUUUGUACAUGUCAUUCCUGGCUCUUGUGGUAAGUGUUUUACAGGCCUCUGAUGCCAAGGCCUGUGGCUGCUGGCAUCAGCAUGAAAGCUCCGUGCUUGGGUAGGCCUUGUCCUGGCUUCUUUUGCUACCCGAGAGUGGGGCAGCGGUGGAGGCCUCAGUGGUGAGAGUGGCAGGAAGAAUGGGCAGGAGAAGUCCCAGUGGUCAGGGCUGAGCCUCGCUGUGUCCUCACAGAGCCUACAGUUGUUUUGUGGGGUGCAGCAGGAUGCAGCACUGUGCAAAGCUGCAGCAUGCAAAACGCAGUGUGGGUUGGGUGUCCUGCUGGUCUCCCUUGUUAGCGCUACCAUAAAGGGAAAGAUGGGCCCGUGGGUUAGAUGCAGCAAAGCUGUUUGUUGGCAGAGCGGAUAAAACAAGUGUAGGGCUGAGAGUGGUUUGAAAAGUAUCUCGAGUCCAGUCAGCCAGGGCUGUAUUAAUAACCAAAUUUAUUCCUUAAAGCACUGAGGAGUAGAGGUAAGCUCAUACCUCAGAGGGGAUAAAUAAAUAAAAUUUAAAGCCAGGCAGCUCUCUGCAUGCGCAGUGUCACGUACAGUGCACGAGGCUGUCUGUCACAAGGGGAUCGAAUCUCUGGAUUCGGCUUUGGACACUUCGGGUGUGAAGUGAGGGGCUCCACCGCAUCAUGGGGUCAGUUCUGGCCGCCUCCCAGCAGCAGCCGCUGCCAUGAGCGGGUGAGUGAAAUACCGAGCUGCUCCCUGGUGUGAGGAACGCCAGAUGCGUUGGGUGUUCCUGGUCUGCCGGGGAAUGGCAAUGAUGUAUAUUACAGCCCAUUACACUUUGCAUUGGGGUUUUGUAUGAUAUAUUAGGUAUAAGACUUUUGUAACGAGAAAACAAAAUAGAAUUAAAGUAGUAGUUAGUUCAAUGUAUCUAAUGUGUGAAAAAGCUGUUGAAAAGUAGAUUACAUUAAGUGUUUACCAGCAAGUCAGUAAAAAUAGUCCUUAUACACAUAUAAUUUAAUGUUCUGAACAUAAUUUUAUAUUUACCCAAUAUGUAUUGUAUCUUUGAAUUUUAAGAAGCAUCCACUCCUUUCUGUAUACAUAAAAUAUGCCUAUGUUUCUUUUAACUCUACAACCUUUUUUUCUCUGAAUAAAUAUAUUAAAUUCUGUGCACAAAAUAGUACCGCCGCCUGCUAUUUAGCCUAUGGUGCCUUAGAGUUACUACAAAUAUUUAACAAAAUGUACAUAAUGUAAAUACUGCCAGAAGAUCACUAAGGCCAAAUAUUUUCUCUAUUCACUUUUUACUGCACUUGCUUUCUAUUGCUAUUUAAGCCUCUUUUAUCCAGAUUUGUAACAGUUAUAACAUUGUAGCCAAUGUAAAUGUUUACUUUCAAUAAAUCAGAAUUUGUUCAAUAA